ACUGGUUAUUAGUGGUUCCUGUAGCUCUUAGCAUGACAGUUAUGUCGGAAUUCUACUGAGUGAGGACUUUUAUACAUACAAGAAAUUUUUUUGAAAGGCCCAUAAAAUUGAUAAGAUGAUAAUGUUGCUGAUACAUUAAUGUUUUCAGAAACUUUUGAUUCUGGGUUUGAAGGAAACGAUGGCUUGAGUUUGUUAGUAAUGGGGUUGAAGAGAAAUGGGUUGUGGGCUGUUCUGGGAUUGCUUUAUUUCUGUAGAUGAGUGGAAGCAGAGAAUUCUUCUAUCAGCAAUACCUACAUGAUAGUCAGGUUAGGUUUCCUGGUUGCUGCGUCAAUUGCAGCCUAUGCAGUUAAGCAGGUCAACCUCAAUGCCUCCAAGUCGUCAGCUUCUUUAAGCAGGCCUUCAGAAAAUGGCGAGGCAAGCUUUGAAGAGGGUGGAAAUAAAGAGCAGCUUACGUAUUCUAUUGAUAACCUCGAAGAGAAGGAUGUGGAGGAGGAAGAGGAGGAAGAAGAGGUUAAAUUGAUUAGCAGAAUAUUCAACCGGGCUCAUGGUAAUGCACCAGAUGUUGAUGAUGAAGACAUUUUGCCUGAAUUUGAAGACCUUCUAUCUGGGGAGAUUGAAUACCCAUUACCUACUAAUAAAUUCACUGCACCAGAGAAAGAUAAAGUUUAUGAAACUGAGAUGGCAAACAAUGCAAGUGAAUUAGAGCGGUUGCGCAACUUAGUGAAAGAAUUGGAAGAGAGGGAAGUAAAGCUAGAGGGCGAGUUGCUCGAGUACUAUGGCUUAAAGGAGCAGGAGACGAAUAUUGUUGAAUUACAAAGGCAGCUCAAGAUCAAGACAGUUGAGAUUGACAUGCUCAAUAUUACUAUAAACUCCUUGCAAGCUGAGAGGAAAAAGCUUCAAGAAGAAAUUUUACGGAGUGCUUCUGUGAAGAAGGAGCUGGAGUUAGCGAGGAACAAGAUCAAGGAGCUGCAGAGGCAAAUACAGCUUGAUGCUAACCAGACAAAAGGACAGUUGUUGUUACUCAAGCAACAGGUUUCUGGUCUUCAGGCCAAAGAGGAAGAAGCCAUAAAAAAAAAUGCUGAGGUGGAGAAGAAGCUGAAAGCCGUUCAGGAGUUAGAAGUAGAAGUUAUGGAACUUAAGAGGAAGAAUAGAGAGCUUCAACAUGAAAAGAGAGAGUUAACUGUUAAACUGGAUGCUGCUGAAGCAAAGAUAACAUCCCUCUCCAAUAUGACAGAGGUAACAUUCCUGUAACAAAAAUCCUAUUUUUCUU